AAAGUAUGUACCUUGUGCACAACGAAUUAUACUUUCGUUUUUCUUUUAUACUCAUAACCAGAACCACCGCAUGUCAACAACCGCUAGCGUUAAAUUCAGGCCGCCGCCGACGACAUCAACCGCUCUGCCAGUCACCAACCAUGUCCACUCCACUUUCAACCGACGAUGAAGUUAUUCGACGGAAUCGAAUUCUAUCAAGCAAACUCUACUUCGACAUACCCCUCUCUAAGGCUCCAAUAAUCUAUUCAACUUCUUAUGACAUAUCCUUUCUAGGAAUUGAAAAACUGCAUCCAUUUGACUCUUCUAAAUGGGGUCGCAUAUGCCAGUUCCUCAUUGCAAAUGGCAUUUUGGACAAAGCUCGUAUAGUCGAGCCUCUAGAAGCAACCAAGGAUGAUCUUCUAGUGGUGCAUUCUGAAGCAUACUUGAAUAGUCUCAAAAGCAGUUUAAAUGUCUCCACUAUCACAGAGGUUCCUCCUGUUGCACUGUUUCCUAAUUGCCUUGUUCAGAAGAAGGUCCUCUACCCUUUCCGUAAACAGGUGGGAGGAACUGUUCUGGCGGCUAAACUUGCUACAGAACGCGGAUGUGCUAUCAAUGUUGGUGGUGGCUUCCACCACUGCUGUGCAAAUCGGGGAGGAGGGUUUUGUGCUUAUGCUGACAUAUCUCUAUGCAUCCACUAUGUGUUUGUCCGUCUAAAUAUUUCACGGGUUAUGAUAAUUGACCUUGAUGCUCAUCAAGGAAAUGGUCAUGAAAUGGAUUUUUCAAAUGAUGGAAGAGUCUAUAUUCUGGAUAUGUAUAAUCCAUAUAUCUAUCCACUUGAUUAUGAGGCCAGGAGAUAUAUUGAUCAGAGAGUUGAAGUUCCGAGUGGAACCAGGACAGAGGAGUACUUGCUGAAGCUAGAUGAAGCACUUCUGGUUGCAGCGAAUGCAUUCGAUCCUGAACUGGUGAUCUACAAUGCUGGAACUGAUAUUUUAGAUGGAGAUCCCUUAGGAAAACUGAGGAUUAGUGCGGAUGGGAUAACAAUUAGAGAUGAAAAGGUAUUUAGGUUUGCUCGUGACAAGAAUAUCCCACUCGUAAUGCUGACAUCAGGUGGUUAUAUGAAAUCAAGUGCUAGGGUGAUUGCCGACUCGAUCAUAAACCUUUCGAACAAAUCCUUGAUUACUUUGAGUAACAUCUAAUCCUAUGCACAUAUGUAUAGAUGAUACAUAGCAAAGAACGUAAUGUAAAAUAUAGAGUUGGAUGUUGAUGGCUGGUAUAUAUAUAGGGUAGAUGUACGUAUUGGAUUUUAGAUGUUGGCUGAUGUAGUGAUGUUAUUUAUGUAUGGAGUCAUUUUGUUACCAUUUGUUUCA